AUACAGAGAUUGUCGGUUCUACCGGUGGAAAUUCUGAUUUUUCCUGCGGAAAUUGAUUUAUGUGAUUUAUUCAGUGACUUUGUGCUUUCUAAUGGGCGAAGGAGAGUAAAAUUCGUUGGAAUUCAAUCUUUUUGUGUGCAGUAAAUACAGAGUGGUUGGAAGAUGUCCUUGAAAGGGUGCCUUGUGGUGCUUAUAGUGUGCAGUGUAGUGACCCUGGCGACUAAGCCACAACGUCUGCCGGUCGGAUUGAUCUUGGAUCAGGAUGAGCAGGAAUUGGAGGUGGCUUUCCGAGCAUCUAUAAAUCGCGUGAAUCAGGACAUGAGCCAAUUUGAAUUGGUGCCAAUUGUCCAGUAUCUGUCGAGUGAUGAAAGUGCUACGGCGAAACGUGUUGUAUGUGAUCUUGUCGCCGAUGGAGUGAUUGCUAUUUUUGGACCACAUUCAAGAUCCACGAACGGAAUUGUGGCAUCCAUUUGCAAUGACUUGCAAAUUCCGCAUCUUCUGUACAGCUGGCAGGACGAGGAAAAAGAUGAGGAGAAAGUUCAGAGGAAUAUGACAUUGAAUGUGCAUCCAGACAGUUUGUUGCUAUCACGAGCCUAUGCUGAAUUGGUUAAGGACUCGGAUUGGAAUACGUUUAUUGUGAUGUAUGAGACGAGAGAAGGCUUACUUAAACUUCAGGACAGUCUCCAGGUCCAUAAGCCUUCAUCAACCCUUUUCGUCUUCCCGAUGGGCAUCGAGGGAUCUGAUUAUCGUCCUUUGUUGAAGCGCAUAAAUGCAACUAGAGAGAUCAAUUUCCUAAUUGAUUGCUCUCCUUUGUCAAUGGUUCGAUUGCUGAAGCAGGUGCAGGAAUUGAAACUUCUGAAAGACAAUCAGAACUACUUUUUCACCAAUCUAGAUACCCACACUGUCGAUUUCAGUCAAUUCGGGGUCAUUGGAGCGAAUAUAAGCUACGUCCAGUUGUAUAUGUCUGAGAGAUUGCUUCGUCGAGCCAUCUAUGACUGGACCCAGUACGAAGAAGAUCAUGGCAGGGAGCUGACUGUUGAUCAGCGAACUGUAACAACGACUAUGGUUUUGAUGCAUGAUGCAGUCGCAUUGUUAGCGAGUGUGCUCAAAAAAUGGUAUACUUUCGAAGAAAUUGAACUACCUAAUAUUGACUGCAACUACGAGGAGAAAUGGAAAUUCGGGGCGGAGCUUGUCGACCGAAUGAAAAUUCUUACCCGUAAUAAAACUUUAGAAGGGGAUGAUGACACCUACAUUACAGGAAGAAUGGAUCUAUCAAAAUACGGAGAUCGUAACCAGUUUAGACUGGAUUUCACAAUACGUUAUGGCGAAGCUUCCAAAAGUAGUUCAUGGACCCCUGACAAAGGAGUAGUUUUCUUCCAAGAGGGACCUAGUAAUGAGAAGAUCAUAAGCCAAGCGAUUCAGAACAAGACCUUCAUUGUCACCACCAAGCUAGGAGAACCUUUUCUAAUGGAACGUAAAAGUCCGGAUGGUGUAGUCUAUGAGGGGAAUGCACGCUAUAAAGGAUAUUCACUGGAUCUAAUACAGAAGUUGUCGGAGGCUCUGAAGUUUAAGUAUGAGAUUGUCUUGGAUCCAGACGGCAAGAACGGCGAGUAUAGGAAGGACCAAAAAAGAUGGAAUGGGAUCUUAGGGCAACUGAUUGAUGGGAAUGCAGACAUCGGAAUCGGCGAUCUAACAAUCACUGCCGAACGUAGACAAGUGGUGGACUUUACAGUACCAUUCAUGUCAUUGGGUAUUAGCGUUCUGUAUGCUGUACCGAAGCAGGAACCUCCAAAUAUUUUCUCAUUUCUUUCGCCAUUUUCCUCGGAAGUGUGGGUCUACACGGCAGUUGUUUACUUGGUGGUAUCCAUUUUACUGUUCAUGGUAGCCAGGAUAUCUUACCUUGAUUGGGAAAGCCCACAUCCUUGCGAUGAUGAUCCUGAAGAAGUUGAAAAUAUUUGGAAUUUGCCAAAUGCAACGUGGUUAACUAUGGGCUCUAUAAUGACACAGGGCAGUGAUAUAUUGCCGAAAGGUGUCCCUAUGCGACUGGUUGUUGGAAUGUGGUGGUUUUUCGCUCUCUUGUUGGCUGCAUCCUACACUGCCAACUUGUCUGCUUUCUUGUCUAAAUCUAGGAUAGACGUGACUAUAAAAAACGUUGAAGAUUUGGCAGGUCAAAAUAAAAUUAAGUACGGAGCGAUGAAGGGUGGAAGUACAGCUGCAUUUUUCCGGGAGUCCAAUGAAUCACUGUAUCAUCGCAUGUGGGUGGCCAUGGAAAACGAGGUUCCGUCGGUGUUCACCGAAAGCAAUCAAGGAGGUGUUGAUCGAGUGUUGACUGGAAAGCGAAAAUAUGCUUUCUUGAUGGAAUCUACCAUGAUUGAAUACGUUACCCAAAAGUACUGUGACUUAACCGAGGUGGGCCAAGGUUUCGGAGAUAAGUUUUAUGGUAUAGCCUUGCCAUUGAAUUCCCGUUAUCGUUCAGAAAUUAGUACUGAGAUCCUUAGGAUGUCUGAACGCGGUGAACUUUAUGAACUGAAAAAUAAAUGGUGGAAGAAUGCUGAAAAUAGCGAAGAAUGUGCUGCGGAUAGCAAUGCAUCUGAUGACGAUUCAUUAACCAUUGAUCAUGUCGGUGGUGUAUUUCUGGUAUUAGGUAUUGGAUGUGUUCUGGCGUAUAUAAUUGGAAUAUGUGAGUUUCUCUGGCAUAUACAGGACGUUGCGGUUCAAGAGAAGAUCACUCCUUGGGAGGCUUUAAAAGCUGAAACGCUUUUUGUACUGAAAUUUUGGAUUCGUCAUAAACCAAUCAAAAUUGAGUCGUCUGGGAAAAGCUCUUCGUCUUCAACGUCUUCAUCUUCGUCAUCAUCAUCAACGUCCUCAUCGUCACGAUCCAAACGUUCAGCUAAAUCCAAAAGGAGUCGAAGUCGCUUUUCGGAAACAAGGAGUGUCAAUUUUGACGGCAUACAACCGAGUAUUGCUAAUUAUUCAAUGAAAUCGACAGCUAGACAGUAGAAUUGGUUAUUUUGGAUAAGUAGGAACGCGUUGUGAAGAUGUCAUU